UUUAAGGAAUAAAAUUGAAUUCUAGAGGUGUCUAAAUCAAAUUACCAAUGUUCAUUUAAUUUAAGUCAUAUCAUAUUAGGGAAACAACAAAACAAGCCUUUCAUUACUUUAGUCAUUAGAUUUUCAGUGGAUAUGUUGGAUAUAUAACAAUCAACAUAUAUUAGAUAAAAAGGUUCGAAGGUAUUGUGUAUAAAAGAUUUACUAAAGAAAUGCAAACAUAGGUAAUACAUUGAGAAAGAUCAAAAUAGAAAUAAAAGUUAUGUUACCCGGAAAUCGAACAGCGAGAAGUCGAGGUAUACGAGAAAAUGAAACACCACUUUCAUUACCCCUCGCAGACGAUUCUGAAGAGAGAGCAGUGGCUGAAGUCUAUAGAAAACAUGCAGGUUACAUAAAGCAAAAUGUCGAACUGGAUGAGAGACACCUCAACAAACUUCUUGAUGACAGGGUUAUAACACAGGGGGAGUUUGAUUGUCUUUGUAAAAAAUCAGAUAGUGAAGCACUUAAUGAACUCCUACAAGUCUUGCCAAGGAAAGGCCCAAAUGGUUUCAAGGUGUUUGUGUAUGACAUUCUGUUUGAAGACUUCCGCGCUGUUGGUGAAUUGUUGGACAGAAAGCUUUAUGAAGAAAGACAAACAAACAAAAGUGGCCACUCAACCUCCUCUGAAUCUGACCUAUCUCCAAUGUCCCCCAACAAUUCAGCAGCGUCUUCUACCAACUUUACCAUGCAGUCAACUUUGCUACGUAGACAUACCAGUGUGCCAUGCAUGAGUCAAAUCAUACAUACAAGGUCAAAUGAAGACCUUGAGAGCAAAGAAGAUGAACACCAGCAUCAGAUCAACAGAAUAUUCAGCAGACUGAGCACUCACAUCAACAACAGGCAUUCUGGAACGGGUCUGAACCAACUCUACCGUCAGACACCAGAGCCAGCCACCUUAGACAAGAUAGAAGCCCAUGUCAAUACAUUACUGAAAAGUAUUGAGGAGUGUUACAAACAAUUCAAUUUACAGCCUUGGAACACGUCUCUAAAAUCAUCAAUAAUCGAACUAAAAAUUGAGAGAGACAAAUUAUACCACAGAGCUAAUGACCACACAAGUACACUGGAAACAAAAUUGAGAAACGAAAAGGGCAAGAUUGAGAAGCUGGAAGAAAAGGUUAAAAAGCUUGAAGAGUUUAAAGCCAUCUUUGAUGAGUACACAACAGCAAGAGAAAUUGCUGAAGAACUUCGGGAGACAAGAAAAGAAAUGGAAGUCGUUACAGUUGAACUAAGAAACACAAUUGAUGAAAACAAACAGUUGUCAAGAACAGUGGAAAGGACCCAAACAGAACUGGAUAGAUACAAAACAGCUAUUAAAAGGCUGGAGAAAGAAAAUGAGGAAUUAUCUCUAAAACUGAACACUUCUACUGACUUCACUUCAAGUGACAGUCAACCCUCUAGUUUGACAGUUACCAAUGACAACAGACCAAGUACUUCAAAACCAUACCGGCCCCAAAAAGUAAAGAAGAAUCGCAAGCGCAAAAAGCACUUAGCUUUGUGAAGACAAAUACUUAUCUAUAUGACAUAGAUGGACAUAAAAAAUUAUAUGUGUUGUGCUGUAGUUUUAAUCACUAUUUUGAACUCUUUAAAGAAGAAGGGAAGUUACCCCUGGUGAUAAUCUUGUUCUAAUCAUGCUCUUGGUGUUAAUGAUUCUAACAUUGCUCUCGUUGACAUUGGUACUAACUAUGCCCUUGAUGAAAAUUUGGUGUUUACUUGUUGUAGGUUUGCCAAAUUUAGAGAAAAUCCACAGCUUUUGUCAAUGCAAGGGCCAUAACUCUGGAGUGACAUACCUGGUUAUCAAACCUGACCGAUAGAUGUUGCCUUUACACAUACAGACAAACUUUUGUGAUAAUUGGACAAAGGCUUUUAAAAUUAUAGAUCAGACAAUACUAAUUUUAGGUCAUGUCUAUAUUUCAAGGGGGAUUACUCUCGAGUGGCUUGAGGGAUAUUAUAUUUCUUUGAUAGUCAAGAUGACUUUCUGCCAGUGAUAUCAGAUCCUAUUCAAUGGCUCACUCGUCAAAUAUUGCAUGAAAUUAUGUAAUCUGUACAGAUGUAUAAUACUAAAUGUACAAUGCUGGACAUUGUCUUUAACUUAUAUAUGAUACUUCAACUCCAUGAAUUUUAUUGUGGUAAAGUCAUAGAUAACAUUGUGUAUAUAUACUUUGUGUCUAAGCAAUAUUUGUGAAUGGCAAAUUGCAAGAUAUUGACUUGUCAAUAAAACUUGAAACUGUUUAAAAA